UCAUUUCAUUGACAUGAGGGAGUUUCAGUUCUCGCUGUCAUCAUAACAAGAAGGCAACAUUAAUCCGAAACAGAAACAAACGCUUUGAAGUGUUGACCAGCGGAUUUAUCUUCUGGAAUAUAAUGUCAACUAACUUUUGAUUUUGUCCAGGUCUAUAAAUGUGCAACAGCAUACGUCAUUGGUGAGGUCCGGCUGCCUGAUGAGAGAGCACUACUCAACCCCAAGGACCUCUCCCUGGUUGCAGUCAAGCUAGAGGCAGUCGAAGACCGAGAGAGAGGCUUUGUCUCCACCUCCCUCCUUUCCUUCGUCCGCCUCACUUCACCACCCCAUUUUCUGCUUGAGUUGGUCCCGUUAGUGUUUCAAAACUGUUUCUCCAACGCUUUUUCAAGAAACUCAGACUGUUUUCCAAAGCAGAAGCAGCGCCACAGCCCUCCCACCAGAACGAGGUGAUGGGAAGUGUGCGAGCCAACCGCUACAGCAUAGUGUCAACCGAGGAGCACGGUAUGAAGUUGGCCACUGUGGCAGUGCCCAACGGGUAUGGGAAUGGCAAAGGAAAGGUGCACACGCGGCACCAGCCCCAAAGCCGCUUCGUCAAGAAGGACGGUCACUGCAAUGUGCAGUUCAUCAAUGUGUCCGAGAAAGGACAGCGUUACCUCGCUGACAUCUUCACGACAUGCGUGGACAUCCGCUGGCGGUGGAUGUUUGUCAUCUUCUGCCUUGCCUUCCUCCUGUCGUGGCUGUUCUUCGGCUGCGUCUUCUGGCUGGUCGCUAUCUUCCACGGGGACUUGGAGAACGACUCCCAGAAGUGCGUCUCCAACGUGAGCAGUUUCACUGCAGCCUUCCUGUUUUCCAUCGAGACCCAGACCACCAUCGGCUACGGCUACCGCUACGUCACCGACGAGUGUCCUGUGGCGGUCUUCAUGGUGGUCUUCCAGAGCAUUGUGGGCUGCAUUAUCGACGCCUUCAUCAUCGGCGCCGUCAUGGCCAAGAUGGCCAAGCCCAAGAAGAGGAACGAGACGCUGGUGUUCAGCCACAACGCUACAGUGGCCAUGAGGGACAACAAGCUGUGUCUGAUGUGGCGCGUGGGCAACCUGAGGAAAAGCCACCUGGUGGAGGCCCACGUGCGUGCCCACCUCCUCAAGUCGCGCACCACUGCAGAAGGGGAGUUCAUCCCUCUGGACCAGAUGGACAUUGAUGUGGGCUUUGACAGCGGAGUCGACCGUAUCUUCCUGGUGUCGCCCAUCACCAUCGUCCACGAGAUCGACGAGGACAGCCCAUUCUAUAACAUGAGCAAGCAAGAGCUGGAGACGUCCGAGUUCGAGAUGGUGGUGAUCCUGGAAGGGAUGGUGGAGGCCACGGCCAUGACCACCCAGUGCCGCAGCUCCUACCUGGCCAGCGAGAUCCUGUGGGGCCACCGCUUUGACCCGGUGCUCUUCGAGGAGAAGAGCUACUACAAGGUGGACUACUCUCGUUUUCAUAAGACUUACGAGGUUCCUAGUACCCCGCUGUGCAGUGCCAGAGACCUGGCCGAGAAAAAAUACAUCCUGUCCAGCUCCAACUCCUUCUGUUACGAGAACGAGGUGGCGCUGACUAACAAAGAGGAGAUGGACGAGGGGAACGGGGGUAGCGUGGGCCCAGAUGUAACCCAGACAGACAAUAUGUCAGACUCAGAGCAUCACCAGGCCACUGUGCCACUAGAGUCCAGGCCCCUGAGACGGGAAUCUGAAAUAUGACUGUGCAGAGACUGCAGAUCACCUCACAGAGAAGAAGAUUCUGAUUCUAGAAUCCCAUCUAGUUGUUAUAAAUGGCACAUUGAGCUGAGCUGGGCCUAGUGUAAAGGACAUUGAGCUGAGCUGGGCCUAGUGUAAAAGACAUUGAGCUGAGCUGGGCCUAGGGUAAAGGACAUUGAGCUGGGCCUUGUGUAAAGGACAUUGAGCUGAGCCUUGUGUAAAGGACAUUGAGCUGAGCCUUGUGUAAAGGACAUUGAGCUGAGCCUUGGGUGAAGGAUAGGUUCAUGCCGACGGUACUGCUGUGGGAAGGGGAUAGCUGGGGACCUGUAACUUUUUUUUAAACAAUGUAAUUGCAUAUUACAGCAAGCACAGCACUAUGAAAUAUGUGCAGAUAGGAAGGGAAACGUUCUUGAAAAAGGUUCCCACAAGAAAAUGAAAUAUAUGUAUCACUUUAGCAUCUAUGUAUAGAAAGGAAUGUGCAUCUGUAUAACAUAUUGGAAUGGGUGUUAGCUACGAUGACUUGAAAAUAGCAGGCAUGUCUCUCUGUUUAUCUGUCCAGCAAAUCAUGAACAAGAUGAGAACAACGGUUGUAUUUCUAUUGUCUGCCUUUUAGUAUAUAAAACAAAUGCUGCUAUAAUCAAAUUCUCUACUUUCUCGUUUCAGAGAAACUCGAAGGGGAAAACUUGCAAAGAUGCCUACCCAUAGAGUAACAGAGAGAUUUAGAAAGUUCUGCUCUGGGAAAACCAAAUAUUAUUUUUAUUUAGCUAAUUUGCACUUUGAAUUGAUCCUGUGCACCCAGCUCCAAAGUACUCUAAAGUUUCAGAAUGUUAAUCCAAACAAUUAAAGAUGCAGUACAGCUUUGCAACAAAACCUUUUUUUCUCUAUCUUUUGCAGUGAAUGCAAACUGUUUUAGCCUUUGAAUAGACCGUCGUGUUGCAGUCAACUGGUGAUCUUUGGUGAAUUACAUCCAAGGAAAUGUAGCUCAAUGUAGAGAGACAUUCCUACUAUCGGAGAAAACAUACUAUGCAGCCAUUGUAAAGUAGUGCAAUAAAAACUGGAUCAAAUGAUCAAUUAGAGAAAUGUUUCUGAACUAUUAGCAUUCAUCCAUACUGUACGUAUCCAAAGCAGAUAAGGUCAUGUUGUAUGUGCUGUUGGUAAUGAGCCGGUCUCAUAACAGAAUCACAACAUGACAUGAAUUAAAGGGUCGUUCAAUGCUGGUCAAAUCAAUAGAAACUUGCCUAUUUUGUUUGAAGGAAACUAGCAGGGUGGUAUUAGUAUUUGAAAGUGACGCAGAACUGAACAAACAACACCGACAAGACAAGGGAGGAGGGAAAAUUAGCAUACGAAUGUUCUUUAAAAAAAAAAGUGCUGCUACGUUGUUGCAUUUUGUAGGGUUUGAUAACAGAAGAUGCCAAAUAUUAUUAUUAAUAUUAUUAUUAUUAUUAUUAUUAUUAUUAUUAUUAUUAUUAUGUGUCUCAUCCAUUUGUUAUAAGUGGUAGAAUUAGAGUAUAUAUAUUUUUUUUUUAAUCAAGACAAAAUAUUUAUUUUCUAACCCGUGUAUACAGUGUAGAUGUUGCUAGAACUUAAUUAAUCAAUAUCACCGUGGUAACCGUCAUGAUAAACACAGUUACAUGGCCCUUACGAUGCCCGGGCUUCUGUACGGUUUUUCCAUCGUUUUCAUAUUCAAAGCUAAACAUACAAGCCAGGUUCUAGGCCCUAGAUGAGACCAGUAGCAUGUUGUUAAAGCCAGAUGCUCAGAACAUAAACAGUGUUACAAUACUUCUUUUUUUUCAAAAUUAUUUUCUUAGUACUUUACAAUCGUCCACUAUUCUGCCAUCACAAAAAGAGCACAUCUUCACCUAUAGGCUCUUUAAAUAAGGACAGAAUAUAAGACAGUACAUACCUGAUCUUUGCUGUUCGUGCAUUCACAUUUAUAUCCAGAGUAGGUCUAUGGAUUGCCAUGCCUUGUUAUCAAAUAUCCUUUUAUUUUUCAUUAUAAGUUGUUUGUUAUUUUACUAGGGAAUCUUGGAUUGGACAACAUGGUUUAAUAAGCCAACAGUACUGUAUCCCAGGCAUGUUAAUAAGGUGUAUUGAAAGCCUGUAGAGUUUGCAUUAUGACAAAUCUAUCUCCUAUUUCUUUAUUUUGAAUCAACGGUUAAAGGCCGUUAGGCUACAAUGACCCGUUUCUUGUACAUAGAACACCCGCCCUCCCUGUUCCAGUCAUUUUGUAUCAGAGUCUUCCAGUUGUACUGCAGAACAACGGAAUGUACAGAGUUUUAUAUUAUUCGUAAUAUUAUUGUUAUUAUUAUUGUACAAGCGAUUUAUUAUAUUGUUCUUUUUUCAAUAAAACCUCAAUGAUCAAUUGCA